AUGGGAUGCCGACCAGUCUCUCGUCGACUCAUUACCAUUCGUCUGAAGGCAUCGCAUUUUAACAUCACCAUCAUCCAAGCCUAUGCCCCAACCACUGACUACGAUGACGAUGUAAUUGAAGACUUCUAUGAUCAACUGCAAAAAGUUAAAGACCAGACGCCAAAGAAAGACAUCAUUGUAGUGCAGGGCGACUGGAAUGCAAAGAUAGGAGAGGACGCAAGCAAGAACUGGAAGGGGACAUGUGGCCAAUAUUGCAACCAUGAAACCAACGAAAGAGGCUUAAGGCUCUUAGAAUUCGCCAAAUAUAAUUACCUGAAGGUGGUGAACACAUUUGGCCAACACAAACCAUGUAGACGUUGGACAUGGCACAGUCCAGGCGGACAAUACCACAAUCAGAUCGACUACAUCAUGGUCAAAGGACGCUUCCAGUCAAGUGCGAACAUCGCAAAGACCAGGAGCUUUCCAGGAGCCGACGUCGGAAGUGGCCAUGAGCUUGCGACGAUGACCUUCAAACUACGCCUCCAAAGGAUGAAAAGCCAGGGCAACAAAAGGAUCAGGUCACGUCUUGAAAAACUCAAGGACCCCAACAUCGCAGAAAUUUUUCGAGCAACGAUAGGGGGAAAGUUUGCUCCACUCCUCGUCCUUGGUAAUCAGGACCCCGAAAUAGACACUCUGAUCAACAGAUUUAACACUGCCGUGACAGAAACAGCCAGCGACAUCCUUGGCAAACACCGACCAACAAAGAAGCCCUGGGUCACAGUUGACAUACUAAAGCUAUGCGACAAACGCAGAUAA